UCAAAGGAAAUGAAGAAGACCAUGGCGGAAGAAGAGGCAACAGUCAGUCUGCAAUAUGAAUAAACGACAUUGACCUAAAGUGAGUAAACAACACAACAACAGAAGACAAUUGGAUAACAAGCACAAGGCAUUUACUGCAAGGCAUUUUUAUGAAGCAAAAAUGUUUGCUGGUCAGUUCGGCAUGACGUCGCGGAGGAACAUUUAAUUCAAUGAUAUGUCUGCAGGUUGUGCAAGAUGGAUACUGAGCCGUACAGCAAGGGCCGUGUGUGGUGGCAGCCAAGGCUAUUUGACACCAGGAUCAAGAUUUCCGAUACCCUGUGAAAGAUCUAACAUCAUUGCUUCCUCCUGGAGAUGGUCUCCAUUCUCCACAGCUGUAGAAGAUACAGAACAGACUCCUGCACCGAAGAAGAAAAACAAGCAUGAUCCCAAAGCUCAUGCCACAAUCAACGCUGUCGGCCGUAAGAUCCCGCACCGUGAGAUACAGGUGAUAAGUGAGACAGGCGAGAACCUGGGCACCAUGCACCGUGCAGAUGUGAUCAGAAUCCUGGACCAGCAGGGCCUCAAGUUGGUGCUGCUCAGUGAACGUAAAGAUCCCCCCACCUACCGGCUGAUGAGCGGCAAACAGAUCCACGAAGAGCAGCUGAAACUGCGGGAGAAACAGAAAGCAAAAGCAGCCCCCUUGCAGGUGAAGGAGCUCACCUUUUCAUCCGGCAUCGGGGCUCACGACCUGUCAACCAAGAUGAAACAAGUGGAGAGUUGGCUGGAGAAGAAGAACCAUGUUAGACUUACUCUGCGAUCAGGACGCGGGAGACCUGCAGACAACCUGGACACAACUCUGGAGCAGAUAGUGCAACAAAUGGAGGUGAUGGUCGGAUUUGUUUCCAAGCCAAAAACCAUACGUGACGGUCAUGCAGCCAUGUGCAUCCUCCGACCGCCUUCAGCGAAGGAACUGUCACAAAAUAAGAAGAAUAAGGACGAAGCUUCUCAGGAUGACGACUCAACUUCAAGAUCCACUGAGAGCGAAACACCCAUCCCUCCUGCUGCUGGCGACACAGACGCAACAGAAGGAUCUAUACAGCAGGGAUCUGAUGGAAAUAAAACAUUCUCAUAAAAACUGGCAGAAGUCUGUGCCUAAAUGUCACAGUUUGGUGUAAAUUCCUUCAUUGGGCUCCAUUUGUUGUGUAUAGUGUGAAGUAUUUAAUAAAGCUUGGUAUAUAAUAAUGAUGCAUCCAGCGAAAUGGAAUAACCAUCAGCCCUCUGAAAGUGCCACAUGUUGUUCAAGAGCAGAGUGAAGUUUUAAAUGCACAGCGCUCCAUGUUUGCAUACUACAUUCACUUCUAAUAGAUCUGCACUUGAAAAUAUCACAUCCAAUCAUCAGCUAUAUGGCCAGCUAGUUUUAUAGUUGGCUUUUACUUUCAUAUCACAGGCUAUUGUCACCUAAAGACUGAACUUUAUUAGGAGAAGUGCAGGUCACCAUUCGCAGGUUUCAUUCAUAAAAACAUACACCGAAGGGUUGCCCUCUCCACUAAAAAAAACACUAUCUUGUAGUGAUGUACUUAUGAGGACACUGUUCAGACUUCCAUAGAUUCCUAAUAAGCUUAUUAACCAUAUUUAGAAUUGUUACAUGCCAUUCUUACCCUAUUUCCAUAGCCUUAAAACACAAAUGGGUGAUAAUUAAAGGAAAUAACAAUAUAGAGUAGACUCUAUGAGGGAAGCAACCACUCCCAUCAAGAUGGAAAUGUUUUGACCUAAUGUAUAAGGUAACUAAUAUCAUUUCCUUCAGCCAUCUGAUCCAAAUUGAGGUCAACUAUGCCUUAGAAGCAUGUUUUACGUGAGGAAAUUGACGGCUUAAUUCUAUGAUGCAGUAUGUGUCUCUAAUCACUCAGCCUUUUCCCUUUUAAAAGGUGCAGUGUGUAGGAUUUGUCGGCAUCUAGCGGUGAGGUUGCAGAUUGAGAAAAAUGGGCGUGUAGUAAAACUACAGAGGAAACCCGCAGAAGCCUUAUUUAGAGCCAGUGUUUGGUUUGUCCCUUCGGGCUACUGUAGAAACAAGUCUGCCGGCUCAUUCUAAGGUAACAACAUCACAACGGUGCUUUAUUUCAGGUUAUGAUUAUACACUAAAGGAAACAUAAUUAAUAUUAUAUUCUCAUUUCUGCCAAUAGAUCUCCCUAAAUGCUACACACUGGCCCUUUAAUUUGUCCCGUCUGUUAAUGUGGCCUGCAUGGAUCAAAUGUUUUUGAUUAGUCGGGGCUUGAGUCUUAACAUUUGACAUUGAGAACAGACUUUUGUACCCAAAAUGUGAUAAACACACGGCUGUUUUGCUUUUUACCCACAAACAAACACUGAUGAACAGGUGGACAGCACAGGACAUGUGGAUUUCAUUGAUUUUUGUUCACCUACUUGUGACCAUUUUAGACUUGCUAAAGGAUAAUGAUUGUAGAUCAUCAGUAAUUAGCCUGAUGAUGAUUUUCACAGUAGUAUAUCAGAUAGUAUGUCAGAAUUGCGUGAAGGAUGUCAUCGCUGUUGAAGUAAAAAAAAAAAAUGUUUUAUAUGGGAUGAAGGUAUCAAACCAACACAAACUCAUAUCUUUCUCUGCUUUAUUUGAGAUUCAUCCUUAUGUUUUUGGUAAAAAAAAAGUUAAAUAAAAGCAAGUUUUGGCAUACAGAUACAUUCGUUUCUCACAGAUAAGUGUGUUUUCUUGACUGGUGUGCCAGUUCCACACUUUAUCAACACCUUUCUUUAACUGCGGAGAUAUACUGUCUUGGAUUUUUUUUUUUUUUUUUUUUUU